CAAAGAAUUAAGAAGAAGAAGAAGAGACUCGCUUGUUUGCGGAAGUGUCAUUAUUAACGCGAAGCUCGUUGAAUUUUAGUUAUGAAUCUUAUUUUCUAGUCCUGUCGUAAAAGAAAUGGACCAUCCAUCACACACUGGGGCAGUGGUAGGAGGAAGGUCCAUGAUACAUCGUAAUGGCUUUAAACCUUUGACAGUGGUGGCGAUGUCUGGAGUUUUCUCUGCUGUAGUUGUAGUUGCUGCUGGUGUUUUCUGCGCCGUUCUUGAUCCUAUACUUCAAGAGCUGCGAGGAUGCAGAGUCAAGGAAGAGAAUGGUUCAGAAGUGAGGAUGUUGGGUUUCUGGAGUAUCCUGGUUCUCUCGCUCUUAGCAGGAAUCGCUUGCUGCGUCUUCUCAUGGACUCUGACCUAUUUCAACUCUUACAAACCAGGCCUGCUGCCACCAACAUUACUAACACUGUGCAGAUCCAGAGAUCAACACAACAGAGAUUUCCUUUUGGAUUACGGUGUUGCCCUCCUUAACGGCGCCAUGGCAACGCUUACCGUCAUCUGGAGCCUGACCUAACUUUGUCCCAUACAUUUGUCCAUCAGUUUUUCAGCAAUGAACUAUACAAUUUUGUAGAAUUAUUUUUUCAUCCAUGUCAAAAUUUGAAUACAAUGAUAAAACAAA